AUGAAUCCUGGAGUGCGGGACUUGUCGGAUGGCGAACUCCCAUAUAGUGAACACCAAUCGGUCGGUGAUUAUGAUAUUAAGCAAAUGAUCUCGAGUCAAGACGAGAGUAUUUACGACCUGUUUAUGAAUCUAAUACCGGAUAACAUAAUAGCGGCUACAUUUACAACUCACUACACAGCACUGGUAGCCCUCGACCCCCACAACCUAACCCUAGGCUACAAGAAAGUGUCCGAACGGGCCUUUAAACCAAAUAUGUUGGCAGUUAUUGUAGCAUUUGGCUCUAGUUCCAGCAUAUUUUCACUUAUUAUGACCAUGUCACUGCCGGGAGCCCCGACUGGUGGGUCAUCAAUUGUAACAUUUUUAGCCUAUUGUGCUAUCAUUGGUGGAGAGGUUACGUACUAUGACUAAUAUUAUGGGAGAUUGUUUCCUUGCGGCUAUUAUACAAAAGUUAUGUGACAUAAAAACCGAUAAUAAC